CGCAUGCGCAGUGAUCGUGACGCGCUCGACGACAUUCCCGGAAGUGUGUCUCUCUCUGGCAUCGCGCCGCUCCCUCAUCGCGCCAUUGAGAAGUCCGGGACGCGUUCUCUAACAUAUUGACUCGCAGCACCCGCAGGUCCACGCUGUCAAUCAUGGCCGAGCAGGAGCCCACUCCAGAGCAGUUAGCCGCUAUCGCAGCCGAGAACGAAAACAGCGAGUCGGUCAACUACAAGCCGCCGGCCCAGAAGAGCCUUCAGGAAAUCCAGGAGCUCGACAAAGAUGACGAAAGCCUCCGCAAGUACAAGGAGGCGCUGCUGGGCGGCUGCACUGUUGUUGCAGUGGAUCCCAAUGCUCCCAAUGUUCUGGUGACACGGCUAACUCUCAUGUGCGAGACCGCUCCUGCCCCGCUGACCCUUGACCUCCAAGGUGAUCUGGAGUCCUUUAAGAAGCAGUCGUUUGUGCUGAAGGAAGGAGUGGAGUACAGGAUAAAGAUCAGCUUCAAGGUAAACAAAGAGAUCGUCUCUGGGUUGAAGUACGUACAGCAGACCUUUAGGAAAGGGGUCAAGAUUGACAAGUCUGACUACAUGGUGGGCAGCUAUGGGCCUCGACCGAAUGAAUACGAAUUCCUGACACCCCUGGAGGAGGCACCCAAAGGCAUGCUGGCCCGCGGCACUUACAACAUUAAGUCCAAGUUCACUGAUGACGACAAGCACGACCACCUGUCCUGGGAAUGGAACCUGAACAUCAAGAAGGAAUGGAAAGAUUGAGCUGUUUUCCUUCUUGCCAUUCUCCUAUUUCUUCCUCCCCUCCCUUUCUUCCUCUCCAACCUCCUCCAGUUCAUUCCAUCACCACCACCACCAUCAUCAUCAUCAUCGUCAUAAUCCUGGAUUAACUGCUUAACCGAUUUAAAGGAAAAGGAUCUUUCUCACUCCGUCCAUUUUCCUACCGUUUUCUUCCCUCCCUCUCUCUCUCCCUCCAUUCCUAUCCCUUUCCCCUCCCAAUGAGUAUUGAGGCUUUUCAUGAAAUAUAUUUGUGACAAACAAAAACGUGCACAAUCCAUAUUUUGUGUUUUGGUUUGUUUGUAUAUAAAAGUAAAAACAGAGGGAAAAAAUAUUCAAAAAACCUCAUGAAUACUUUUUGACAUGGUUGUUAUAAGUAAUCUUCGCUGCCUGCUCCCUCGUCUUCCUCUUGUGUCCUAAACCCUUCCCUUGCAUCAUUCCUUUCAUUGACAUUUCUUGUUUUCUUUUUAACCAUGAUCUGCCUUUAUGAGUGGAAUUGUAGAAGGUGCCAUUUACUGAUAUUUUGCCACUGGCAUUCCCUCACAACUCAAAAGUUUACCUUUGCCCAGAGUGAACGUGUCGAUGCCUUUUGAGAUGAGCCUAGGGUUAGCGUAGCAUGGGUAACUGUAGAAAUGUCAGCGAUAUGGUGGAGCAGGUCUUUACUAGGCUCUCGGUAUGAAUGCAUUUGUCCAAAUAUGGUUUUAGCUAUGUAGGGUUUGCAGGAUCUGAACAUCCUGUCCACUAGGGGACCUGUACUAAAAAUCAGCCUUGCUGUGAGGACGUGUUAUUUUUUUUUUUUUUUUUACCAUUUCAUCGCCAUGUGGCCUUAAAAAAAUAUUCAUGUAGCAAGACAUGUAGGAGCUGCCUUUUAGCGUCUAGGUUUAAAUCCAGUCAGAUCUUUUGUCCUUAAGAGGCUGGGGUGCUUUACCGACUCUUGCUCCCUCAUGGGACUGGCGGUUACACCUGGUGCCUUGUUUAAUUGGCUCGAUUCAGGAUGGACCAAACUUAAUGGCCAGUAGAAGUUUGUGAGCCUUGAAGCAGUUAUCCAGUUAUCACCGCCCGCUUUUCCAAAAACUGGUGCUUCAUUUGCAGAAUGUGCCCGUUGUUUGUGGUAAAUGCGAGUUGCCAGUUAAGACCUUUUUAAAAAGCAGAAAAGGGCUGUUUUCACUAACAGAUCUCCUCAAGUAUUGAACAACUCGACUGAAAAAUUACCAACACCAUAGACUGUGCCUCCAGUAUUGAUAAGUAUGAGCUGCUCUCGCUGUGUUGACCUAAUGGAAAGAAGAAAGUCAGGACUCUAAAGGAGGUGCAUUGUAGUGGGACAAAUCUGGAGUGAACCUAAUUCUAAUCUCUCAGCUCUAGUCCAGGUGUAUUCUAACCUCGGUGUUCAAACAAGAGAGGAUGUGCUCAUGCAUAACUGUACUGUUUUAUACACGCUUGUCUUUUCUUCCUUUGGCAACAAUGCCUGCAACGUUGUUGUUGCAACAUUGCCUGCUUGUUGUGCUGGUCCAGAAUGCUGCUUCUGUCUUCAUCCGUUUGUACUUGUCUCUAUAAUAGCUGGGGAUUACUGUUCACCUGUGUCAAUAUUAAAGUGUUCAGAACAGAU